GGAGCCUGAGUGGCUGGACAGUGUGCAGAAAAAUGGAGAACUGCUGUACUUGGAGUUGAGUGAGGGUGAAGAGGAGAGCCUCCUUCCUGAGACACUAACUGUGAACCACGUCAGGUUCAGUGAAAAUGAGAUUAUCAUUGAAGAGGAUGACUACAAAGAAAGAAAAAAGUGUGAACCCAAACUCAAGCGAUUUACCAAAAUUUUAAAAAGUAAAAGACUUUUACCCAAGCGCAACAAUAAAAAAAAUAGCAGUGAUAAUGGGCCAGUAUCCAUUCUAAAGCAUCAGUCCAAUCAGAAGACAGGAGUCAUUAUCCAACAGCAGUACAAAGAUGUGAAUGUUUAUGUGAAUCCCAAAAAGCUCACCGUCACAAAAGCCAAAGAACAGCUCAGACUUCUAGAAGUGCUGGUUGGAAUUAUCCACCAGACCAAGUGGAGCUGGAGGAGAAGUGGGAAGCAGGGCGAUGGAGAGAGGCUUGUGGUCCACGGCCUGUCGCCAGGAGGGUCUGCUAUGAAGAGUGGUCAGAUAGUAGUUGGUGAUGUCCUUGUUGCUGUGAAUGAUGUUGAUGUGACCUCUGAGAACAUAGAGAGAGUUCUGUCUUGCAUUCCUGGACCUAUGCAGGUGAAACUGACAUUUGAAAAUGCGUACGCUGUAAAAAAGGAAACACACCAACUAAGAAAGAAGAAGGCACAGUCUAACACAAAUGAUUUAGUCAAACUGCUGUGGGGAGAAGAGGCUGGGAGCAUCCCGCAGAAUAUGGUGAACUUGCCUCACAUCAUCAUGUACCUCACGCUGCAGCUCGACUCGGAGAUCUCGAAGGAAGAGCAGGAAAUUCUUUAUCACUAUCCAAUGUCUGAAGCAUCUCAGAAGCUUAAAAGUGUAAGAGGAAUUUUUCUUACACUCUGUGACAUGCUGGAAAAUGUAACUGGGACACAGGUUACUAGCUCAUCUCUCCUUUUAAAUGGAAAACAAAUUCAUGUGGCUUAUUUGAAACAAUCUGACAAGUUGUUGUUAAUUGGCUUGCCUGCUGAAGAAGUUCCUCUUCCUCAGCUAAGGAAUAUGAUAGAAGAUGUUGCCCAAACUUUAACAUUUAUGUAUGGUUCUUUAGAUAGGUCCUUUGGCCAGGUUGAGAAUGCUCCUCGUUUGGAUCAUUUCUUCACCUUGUUCUUUCAAAGAGCGCUGCAGCCUGCCAGCCCCCCUCCCUGUGCCAGUCCCAGUGCUUGGCAGUACGAAGCUUCCAGUGCAGCGCUUUUAGACAACCUCCCUGGAGUUCGGUGGCUCACACUUCCACAGGAAAUCAAGAUGGAACUAGACACAGCAUUAAGUGACCUGGAGGCCGCAGAUUUUGCAGAACUGUCUGAGGAUUACUAUGACAUGAGACGGCUAUAUACAAUUUUGGGCUCUUCUCUAUUUUACAAGGGUUAUUUGAUAUGCAGUCAUUUGCCUAAGGAUGAUCUUGUUGAGAUUGCCACGUACUGUCGCCACUAUGGCCUGCUGUCUUUAGCAGCAAAACAAAGGAUCGGUCAGUUGAUAGUAUGGAGAGAAGUGUUUCCUCAACAUCACCUCCAGCUUUCUGCAGACUCAAGCACAGAAGCCUUUCAGGAACCGGAAGGGAGAUAUUUUUUGCUAAUUGUUGGAUUGAGACAUUAUAUGUUAUGUGUGCUAUUAGAAGCUGGAGGCUGUGCAUCUAAAGCUAUUGGGAAUCCUGGGCCUGACUGUAUAUAUGUGGACCAGGUCAGAACAACUAUUCACCAGCUGGAAGGAGUAGACUCCCACAUAGAUAAACACCUAGCGUCUUCUCCAGGCCCCUGUUUGUCUUGUGCUGACUGGUUCCUUUCUGGAGCACGUGAGAAAACUGAGAAUUUGACAGCUUCCCCUAUUCUCAGCAGGCUGCAAGGUCCUUCCAGGACAGCAGCCUCUCCAACAUGCAGAAGAACCCUUUUUGGUGACUAUUCCUUAAAGACACGUAAGCCCAGUCCCUCCCGAAGCAGUGGAGGAUCUGACAAUGGUUGUGAAGGUGGAGAAGGUGCUGGCCUUAGCCUCCACACCACACCGGAUGCAAUACAAAAGCAGAGAGACUUUCAGGGCUCUGAUUGUUCAGAAGAAAGUGGAACCUUGCUUAAGAUCACUAAAAAAAAGUCUACCCUUCCAAAUCCAUUUCAUUUGGGAAAUUUGAAAAAGGAUCCUUCAGAAAAAGAAUUGGAAAUAUAUAACACAAUGAAAUUGACAUCUGGUCCUGAGAACACACUUUUCCACUAUGUUGCCUUAGAAACAGUUCAAGGAAUCUUCAUUACUCCUACCCAUGAAGAGGUGGCACAGCUCAGUGGCUCUGUCCACUCACAGCUAAUAAAGAAUUUCCAUCAGUGUUGUCUUUCCAUUCGUGCAGUUUUCCAACAGACUUUGAUGGAAGAGAAAAAUAAGGCACUAAAUGGUGGAGAUCGUGCUGAUUCUACAAAUUCGCUGUCCUCUCUUAACCCUGUGAAGGAAUAUGGUGUGUUAUUUGAAUGCUCACCUGAAAACUGGACUGAUCAGAAAAAAACACCACCAGUUAUGGCCUACUGGGUAGUAGGGAGACUCUUUCUUCAUCCAAAACCUCAGGAACUUUAUGUCUGCUUUCAUGACUCAGUCACAGAAAUUGCCAUUGAAAUGGCUUUUAAAUUAUUCUUUGGAUUAACCUUGUAGUUGUGUUUUUAUGAUUAAUAGCAACAUGAGUGACAUGUGGAACAGUGUUAAAAUUGCUGAAAUCAAUACACAAGAGAUAAUGUUUAUUUUCACUGUUCAACAUUGAACAUAAUAUUGUUAUUGAGAUGAAAUGCUGUUGGACUUGAUGCAUCAAGCCUUUUGUAGUAUUGUGAGACAUUGGAGAAGAUAGUUGAUUGAAAUAUAUAGAAGGGAGUGUUAACUUAUUGCCAUUUUGGUAUAUAAUAUUAAUUUAUUGACUAGUUUGAAAUAAUGUAAAUUGUUUCAUAUAAAGUUAAUAUAGAAAAUGUUUAUU